AUGCAUCCAACUCCCCCAGCCUGGGGGACUGAUUUCACAAAAAUGAAUGAAAAUGAGGAAGAUAGUCCCUUAUACUUUUGCAAGAAGACCCUGAUUGUGAAGCUGCUGACGCUCAUUAUUACUCUGGUUGGGCUGGCAGGAAACGCGACCAUGCUCUGGUUCCUAGGUUUCCACAUGCGCAGGAAUGCCUUCUCUGUCUACAUCCUAAACCCGGCUGCUGCAGACUUUCUUUUCCUUUGCUGCCACAUUGUAGAUACCCUGCUGUAUUUUGCCAUAAUCUUUUAUUCUGUCUCCACCUACACUUAUAGCUUCUUUGCCCCUCUGUGGAUUUUUACCUACGUUGCAGGCUUGAGCAUGCUCAGUGCCAUUAGCACUGAGGGCUAUCUGUCAGUCCUGUGGCCCAUCUGGUACCGCUGCCACCGCCCUAGACACACGUCAGCUGUCUUAUGUGCCCUACUCUAGAUCCUGUCCUUGCUGUUAAGCAUCCUGGAAGGAUACCACUGUGACUUCUUAUUUAAGGAUUUUGAUUACGAUUGGUGUCAGGCAUUUGAUUUCUUCACAGUUGCUUGGCUGAUUUUUUUAUUUGUUGUUCUCUCUGGGUCUAGCCUGGCCCUGCUGGCCAGGAUUUUCUGUAGCUCCAGGAAAAGACUGAUUACCAGGCUGUAUUUCACCAUCCUGCUCACAGGGAUGGUCUUUCUUUUUUGUGGUCUUCCCUUAGGCAUCCGGUUCCUAGUAACCUGGGUUGAGACGGACUUUGAUAUAUUCUUGUCGUAUGUUCUUCCAGUUCCAUCUCUCCUGUCCUCUGUCAACAGUUGUGCCAACCCCAUCAUUUACUUCCUUAUUGACUCCUUUAGGCAGAGGCUUCAUAAGCAGCCAACUCUCCGAUUGGUUCUCCAGCGGGCUCUGCACCACACUCAUGAAGAAGAUGAAUGUGGAGACAGCCGUUCUCAAGAAGCCCUGGAGAUGUCAGGCAGCAGAAUGAGAUGGUGA